GAAUGUCACGACUAACCGAGGAAAUAGUAGACAAGCAGCCAACGCCAGACAAUCCAUUCCAGCUACUCGAGCCCAACGUGCUGAACAAGUCGUAAAUAUAGGUCACUUGAACGAGUCGAACAUACCAUCUUCAGCGACUCCAAAUAGCCGUAGAAUGAUAUAG